UAAAGUAAAUUUUAUAUUUUUAGAGUUAAUGAACGAAAGAUAUGUGCUUCAUUAAUGAUUUUAUUUCAGCUCCUGGUCCUCGCCGCCGCCGCCUUGGCUGUUGCCAACGCUGGUCUCCUCGCCGCCCCCGCCUACGCCCCCGCUGCGUACGCCGCCCCCUACGCCCACGCCCCCGCCGCCGUCACCUCCACCUCCGCCAACAUCCUGAGGUCUCCCGGUAACCUGGGACAGGUCUCCACCUACACCAAGACCAUCGACACCCCCUACUCCAGCGUCAGCAAGUCCGACGUCCGUGUGAGCAACCCCGGAUACGCCACCUACGCCGCCCCCGCCUACCACGCACCCGCCGUCGCUGCCUACGCCGCUCCCGCUUACGCCGCCCGUGCCUACGCCGCUCCUGCUGCCUACGCCGCUCCCGCCUACGCCGCCCAUGCUUACGCCGCACCCGCUGCCUACGCCGCCCCCGCCGUCGCUCACGGAGGUCUCCUCGGAGUCGCUUACUCCGCUGCCCCCGCUGUCGCUCACUACAGCUUCGACGGAUACGGCACCCACUACGGUUACUAAGCGUCAUCCCCCUAGUCACUGCAACGUUCAUCUGUCAUCUAUUUAUUCCGUUUGAUUCAUUGAAAUGAAAUAAAUGAAAAGAGGAUCGUUAUAAA